AUGAAUGACGAACAUAUAGCCAGUUUGCUUAAUCCUGGCCUAUACUUUCUAUGUGCUUCGAGAGGUCAUGAUACUAUACAUGUUGAUUCCCUGAUACUUGAGCUUCAACGGCUACACACCUACCAAGCGCUGUCUAGCUCCGCAUAUCUGGCACUUACCACAUCGGACCCCAUAUCCACAGCUUUUGUGCUACGUGAUGAACUUUAUCAGUUGGCGUCACAGGAGAAGCAGUUCAAAGAAGAAUACUCCGAACUGGCUGUCAAAUGUAUGGACUUCGCGGUGAAUUGUAUCGAUUUGUGUCGUACGUCAGACGAGGUACAUUGUCUUUUAAGAGGAGAAUUCGAUCACACGGCACAGGAGUUGAAGCAUCCAUUAGAAACGGUGAAAAUCGCUAUCCACUCCAGGGAGAAGAAGUUCGUCGCUCAUCCUAACUGCCAGCAUCAAUUGGAGAAUUUGUUUUACAACCCAAUGUUUUGCAUUCGGGAUUUCGAGGGAAUACAACGCCUUCAAUUUCUACUAAUAUUUCUCCCGCUGCUGCCAUUUCUGUACCUCAUUUACCUGUUCUUUCCAAAUUUCCGGGUAAGUUUUUUCCUAAUUGUGUGCACUUAG